UAAUUUGGAUGUAUCUGCAGUUGUUUGUAGUUCGUAUUCCCUCCACUGGGGGGCGAUUACGCACAGCUUUGCGCACAGCCAAAACAUUACAGAAGAAGACUGUGCCUCCAUGCCACUCGCCAUCCAUUUCCCGUUCCCUCUCAUCCAGUGACUGUAUCUUGUGUUUCGGGACACAUGGCCUUCGCUCUGCCGGUGUGGCUCGCCAUCCAGGAGGAGCUGCUCAGACACACGGACUCGGGCAGCGACACCCGGAGCUGCUUCGACGACCUGGACGAUGACGCUCUGUUCCAGAUGUUCCACCUCAGCAGACCCUGCAUCACCUUCAUCACAGAAACCGUCCAGAGCCGCAUGGAGACGCAGCCCCAGGAGAAACCGGAGCUGCCCCUGGACGCCAUGGUCAUGGUGGCGCUCAACUAUUACGCGCACGGCAUCUCCUCCGCCGCCGUGCUGCAGAGGGUCGGCCUGAGCCAGAUGGACCAAGCCGCCGCCGCCAUCGCCACGGUCUCCGUGCACAUCGCGGGCUUGUGCGACCAGUUCGUCUCGUUCCCGCUGGCCCGGGACGCCAAAGCCAACGUUGCCGUGAAGAUCAAGGAGCUGUGCGGGAUCCCCGACGUGCUGGGCAUCCUGGCCCCGGCGCACUUCAAGAUCCGAGCGUCCCCGUACGAGAGGAGCUCCUUCAGGUCCUUCGUCAACACCCUGGGCUACACGUCCGUGGUGAGCCAGAUCAUCUGCGACUCCGAGGGCAACGUCCUCAGCGUGGAGAGCUGCUGCGUGGGCAGCACCGGCGAGCAGGACAUGUGGGAGGCGUCGGACAAAGGGAGGGAGAUAGAGAAGGAGCUGCUGGGGCAGUUCUGGGUGAUCGGUGGAAGAGGAUACCAGUUAAGCAGAAAUGUCCUGCCUCCUCUGGCAGCCCCUGCGACUGACAGCGAGAAGCGCUUCAACGAGGCCCACGCAAAGAUCCUGGACGUCAUGCGGACAACACUCGGCUCCAUGAAGAGGCGCUUCAGGUGUCUGAUGCAGCUCGGCUUCGCGAAAGAAGCCACUUUGGAGAAAAAGUCCAACAUUAUCAAGACGUGCUGCGUCCUGCACAACAUCGCGAUGAAGUUCUCCGUCCCUCCCCCGCCUGCAACUGGUAAAAUUGAGCCCUUACACCAAGGCAGGCUGGUGACAUCUACAGCUGAGGUCAACGCAGAGGUCCUACAAGCUAGACAGAAAGUCAUCGAGAGUAGCUUUUCUUUAGCCUCCAGUGACCCGGACCCACCGGGGGACAACACCACAGAGGAGAACGAGUGAACAGAGCAGGUGAGACGUCGGCUCUAGGAAGCAGGACAAGAGCAUCGUGGACAUUCUGACACAUGAAGGACAAACACUGGAACCAAAACACGGCUCAUGUCGCUGGAGGUUCUCAGUCGGAGGCUCGUUGCUUACUGUUAUUCUAUAGUUCUAACACCAAUGUGUAAAUAUGACAACAUAUCGUUUUUUAAACACUCAGGUAUUUGUUCUUACAAAAUAUUUUAUUUCUUGUACAAACAGAUAUACACUAUUUUCUACCGACUUUUGUUA